AUGUCGAGGCUUCACUUGAACGAGUGCGACGAGUGCGACGGCGAGCCGCACUCGGCUCUGGAGGGUUUGCUGGCCGCCUUGGCGGAACUCCACCGCACUCCGCCGGGACAGGUCCGUUUGGUCCAGGUCUCCUGCGACGCUUCGAUGUCUUUGGGCUGCGACCUCCCGAAGCUGCAGCGGGCCUUUCUGCUGCUUCAGCUACUGCCAGCCUUCGUGCUGGGCCUUCCUCCCCUUAAAGGCCAAGGAGUCCAGGCGCUCUUAUGGGCCGCCUGCGAUGUCACUGUGGCCUUUUCUGAGGCAGUCUUCGACCUGAUCAAUCUCAAUGGGAUGGAGCGCUUUUUGCCCAUGAAACAGGUUCCUCCUUUCGAAGGCACGCUCACUGCUACAGAAGCCAAGGAGUUGGGUUUGGUGUCUGAGAUCGUGGAGGACGAGUGGCAACUUUGGAGGUCGAUCGAAGAGAUUUGUGAAAAACUUUCAGAGUGCGCACCCACGGCAGUGGCACAAUCCAAGAUUUUCAUCCACAAGGUGGGAAGCUUCCCCAUGAAUCUGCGGCUUCACGAAGACUUAGCCGGCCACAUCGCACGACGGAUGGACGAUCCGGAGUUCGAAGACUCCAUCCGAGCGGUGCUGGACAAGGCGCAUGUGCCAAUCUACAGGCGGCCACAGAACAAAAUCGUCCCUGCUCACCUCCUGAAGGUUGAGGAGAAGAGGUGCCAGGAAUGGAAUGAGCCCGAGUGGCUGGAGGAUGGAACGGUGCUGGUUUGA